UCGUAUCCUCCGCAGUUCGCCGUUGCCGGGCAAGCCCUCAGUACACAACGCGGCGGUGCCCGGGCCGGACGCAUCCCGCUCUAUCUUCCACUACUUUACCACCUGUCCUAACUCCUCACAACUACAACCCUACAAGUACUUCCAUCUUAAACCAACAACCAAUCAAAUGUCAACAAAAUAUUAAUAACAAUUACAAAUAAAUCUACAGGUGGAUCCAUUAACUAACACUCGAUUUUAAACCUUUCCUUAAAGUAAAUAGAGUUUCAAUUUCGUCGCUCGUUCUCUUUGUCUUAUCGUAAUUCGUGUUUUAUCUUAAAAUUUAAAUUAAGUGAUAUAAUAUAGUGUUUGUAAUUCGAAUUUGUAAUUUUAAAGUUUAAAAUAAUGAAUAACAAAAUUUAUCGAGUUUCAAUUUUAAAUGUUUGAAUUUUAAAUGUAAAUACAUUUAAAUGUUGUUUUAAAAUAAGUGUUUGGUAGUUGUAAACAAAGUGUUUGUGUUUACAUGAGUGGCCUAUUGACACUGAGUGCUGUGAUAAAGUUGCAGAAGUCUAGUGUUUCAUGGAAAAUAUCGGUAGUGAAGGCAAUUACAAUAACAAAAGCAACAUUACGCACAUGACGAUACAAUACCAAAAAGGUCUAAAUAAUUCAAUCUGUGACAAAUAUAACCGUGCCGAGUACGGAAUGACUUACAACAGUGCCUGAAGUAGUGAGAACUGUCCAUUUUGAAAUUAGUCGGAUUGUAGUGUAGUAGUGUUAUGUGUUCAACAUGAAUACGGUACAAAGCACGGGAGGGGGCCAUGGGGGCUCCAUGAAGAAGGAUCAUAAACAUGAGGAGUUGGCAGCAGCGACACCUACACAGAGGAACUGGCGCGGGAUCCUCAUAGCAUUGCUGGUGAUAGCCGCGGUGCUGGGGCUGAUCGUCUUCAGCAUAGCGCUGCUGACGCCGGCUGGAGACGGCGGCAGGGUCCGGGGGCGGAGGCCUACGCUACAUGAUGUGCUGGGGGAGCAUUAUAAGCCUUUCAAUGGGACUUGGCUUACAGACGAGGAGCUGGUGUUCAGAGAUCGAUGGGGAGGCCUCACGCUGUUCAACGUGAAGAACUUCACCACGAGGCUGCUCAUGAACAACUCCACAUUCAGAGAACUAAACGCAGUGGACUUCAAAGUGUCAGCAGACUUGAAGUUUGUGCUGCUGAUCUCUGACGUCAGACCCGGGUGGCGACACGCUCGCCUCGCGCGGUACCACGUCUAUGACGUCAUCAAUAGGAACAAAAUCCCAGUGUCUCCGAUAGAGGACGACAGGUCAGCUCCACUGCUGCAGUACGCGGAGUGGUCGCCGGCGGGCGCCGCGCUGGUUUUCGUCCACGACAACGACAUCUACUACAAACCCAAGGUGUUCAAGACUCUAGUUUGCAGAAUUACUAAUAAUGGAGUGCCUGGCGUGAUCUUCAACGGCGUGCCAGACUUCCUCUACGAGACAGAAGUGCUGCGCCUGGACAGGGCGCUGUGGUUCAGCCCGGAUGGCCAGACCCUCAUGUAUGUCACGUACAACGACACGCUGGUCCAGGCACACAAGUACCCCUGGUAUGGUCUGGACCAGCAGGAGCCGCCGGCGUACCCUACUAUAAAGGCCUUGAGAUAUCCCAAGGUUAACACAAAUAACCCGGUGGUGACGGUGAACGUGGUCAGCGUGAAGACGCCCAAGUACCUGUUCUCACACGCCAUACAGUUCACCUCGCAGGUUGAUGAUAGUUGGUACGUAAGAUGGACCGGCUGGACGUCGGAGAAGCAGCUGGCGGUGCUGCUGCUGAACAGGCCGCAGAACGUCUCCCUCAUCAGCGUCUGCAGCGCUGUUCACUACAACUGCCAGGAUAUCUACCGCGACGAAUCAGACGGUUCUCGCUGGUCAGGUCUCGGCUCAGAGCCGGUAGAAGAUGACUGUGGCUGGUGUGGGAGCAUGGCCCUCGUGGGCUCCAAGUCCACCAUCUACACGACGAUGCCAGUCGCGGACCUGCCGCCAGGGGGCGCGGGCGGCUGGUGGAGACAUGCCGUCAGGCUCACACAGGAUUCUAGGACAACACUGACAUUAGGGAGUUAUGAAAUCACACAGCUCAUGGGGUGGGAUGAACGGAGAAGAUACUUAUACGUGAUAGGCACAGCUCCAGAGAAGGCAGGUGAGCGCCACCUGUACCGAGUGAAGGUCCCCACGGACCCGGCCAGCUGGCCUGACUCGCCCACCUGUCUCACGUGUCCUGGCACCGAUCUACUGCCUCCUGACGCCACUAUGGAAUCUGUUAGUGAUGAUCCGGAGUUUGAGAAUGCCACAUCAUCACUACCCGCGUGGCCGACAUCGACAGUGCUGCCUCACAUCGCGGACGAGAACGACACGCUGCCCACCGAGUGCCUCUACAACCGCAUACUGUUCAGCAAGAACUACUCUUAUUAUGUGCAGGAGUGCCUGGGCCCGGGUCCCCCGGCGACGUUCGUGUGCUCGCACUGGGGCGCGCGGCGCGCCGUGCUGUGGGACGGCCGCCCGCUCUCCAACAAGUUCGCCGCACUCGCGCACCCGCAGGUCAAGGACUUCAGAGUCGAGGUGCAAGCCUAUAGAGCAGCUCGUGUCCGCCUCCUCUUACCACCAGGGUUCAGAGAAACUGACGAUCUGCCGCUGCCACUAGUAUUACACGUGUCUGCCCAACCUGGUGGUCAGUUGGUGACGGAGCGAUGGAAGCCCAGUUGGGGCUGGUACUUAGCAGCUGCGAGGAACUUCAUCGUCGCUGAGAUUGACGCCAGAGGUUCUGGUGGACAGGGCGAGGAACUUCGAACAGAAAUCUAUCACAAACUUUUGUCUGUUGAUGUCGAAGAUCAAAUAGCUGUUCUUGCGUACCUCCGCGACAAUUUGAAGAUGGUGGACGGUGCCCGCGUGGGAGUGUGGGGCCGCGGCUACGGCGGCGGGGCGGCGGCCGCGCUCGCUGCCGACGACGCGCGGAACGUCACGCGCUGUCUAGCCGCCAUCGCACCACUUACUGAUCUUAGACAUCAUAACUCGUACUGGACGGAGCGGUACAGCGGGUACGGGUCGACGUGGGCGGGCACGCUGGGCGUGAACGCGGUGUGGCGCAAGGCGGGCAACCUGCCGCCGCGGCGCCUGCUGCUGGCGCACGCGGCCGCCGACCUGCGCGCGCCGCCGCACCACGCGCUCGCACUCGCGCGCGCGCUCAUACGGAACACCGCGCUCUACACGCACCAGGUGUAUCCAGACGAAGGUCACAGCUUCGAGCGCUCCACGAUACAUCUCCACAAAACGAUGGAGCAGUUCUUUGACGAGUGCUUCGGCCCCGUCGAGGUGGCAGACUGGGACACUGGAGGUGUGGGCGGUCUGUUCCCGUUCCGGGACUAGUCUUACGACCAGGGGACAGGCGAAGCCUCCCCUUAGAUAAUUGAGAAGCAUUCACAAAGGGUCGAUACCAUGAAUCGAUGUCCAGAUUGACGGCGGAAGAUUUUUAAAGCGAUUAUUUUUCCCAGAUACAUGGCGAUAGGCGAUAAAUGGGUUUGUUACGCUAAUGGAAAACAGCUUUUAUCAUAUACAUGAGUACUUAAGGACUCCUUGUUUGAAGAGUACCCGAAAAAUACUCAGGCGUGGCGUUCAGAGCCCUCUAUUAGACUAAAGAGGAGUGCCCAUCUGUUGUAAAUAUCACCCUGAGACGUAUCCUAAAGAUAAUACAGAUUUAAGUUGAAAAAUCUUCCGUCAAAAUAUUAAGAACAAAUCGUAACGGGCAAUACUUUAUUCUAAAUGUCUAAACACGAUUCAUUAUGAAUAGAGGAAAGAAAAAUGUGAUUAAAUCAUAGAUUCUGCUGUCGCCCGACAGAUGGCGUAAGUGUACAGAAAAGUAAAGAUAGUUCGUUCUAACUUGGAUAUAAUGACGAGGACAUUUCUAAAAUAUGUUUAAAUUUUAAUUUUAAUUGCGAUUUGGCAAAAAAACUGAUAAUAAUAAUAGAAAAUGCCAAAAAAAUACUUCCAUGAUUUGAGAAUUAUUAU